AAUUGGCCCGACGGUGCAGCUCGGACAAUAAGUUCCUGUGAUGGAGUGGCGUGAGCAGUCCACUGUCGGCUCCGACGAAGCCUUCUCAGAGGCGCAGAGAUGGAUUGAGGCAGUAACCAAGAAAACAUUUGGGAGCAGUGACUUCCGAUCAGCACUGGAGAAUGGAGUUCUGCUGUGUGAUCUGAUCAACAAAAUCCGUCCUGGUGUCGUCAAGAGGGUUAACAGGCUGCCCACGCCGAUCGCUGGACUGGACAACCUCAACGUCUUCCUCAGGGCCUGCGGCAAGCUUGGACUAAAGGAGGCGCAGCUCUUCCACCCCGGAGAUCUUCAGGACUUAUCCACGAGAGUUACAGUCAAGGAUCAAGAGACCAACCGGAGGCUGAAAAAUGUGUUGAUCACCAUUUUCUGGCUCGGCAGAAGAGCUCAGUGCGACAGAGUCUACGAUGGACCUCACCUGAACUUCAAGGCGUUCGAGGGAUUAUUGGGCACAGCGCUGUACAAGGCUCUGCAGGAGUCGUCCAGUCAGAAAGGCAGCAGCGUCCGAGACAGUGGUUUUGGAGAUAGCUGGUACUCCGAGCGAGAGGAGCUCUACCAACUGAGAGAAGGAGGAAGAGGAGGAGGAGGCAGCGGCGGCGGACACAGGAGAGACGACUCCCUGGACAGUUUGGACUCCUUGGGAUCCCGACCUCACAGCAUCUCCUCCGACAUCACCCUUAAAGGCAGCAGCGAGGGUUGUUGCAGUGACACCGAGGCCGACUUCGGCUUCAGGAUGGCUGAGAACAAGGACGGCCUCAGUUACCGCCGGUCAGUCGUCAUCACGCCAAAGACCGCCACCCAGUUCAACCAGUUUCUGCCCAGUAAGGACAAAUCUUCGGGUUACGUGCCCGCUCCUCUGAGGAAGAAACGGGCAGAGCGCAACGAUGACAACAGACGCAGCUGGGCCAGCCCCAUAUACACGGAUGACGACGGCAAACUCACCAGAGAGCGCCAGACGCCAGAGAGUAUCGACGGGAGCAAAUCAACAAGUGAUAUCCAGGACGACUCCGCCAUCCUCCGGCAGGUUCGCUACGAAGAGCUGCAGAAGCAGCGCGAGAAGAUAAAGGUUACCGAUGACAAGUGGCAGGAUGACCUGAGCAAAUGGAAGAACCGACGCAGGAGCGUCAACUCUGACAUCGUGAAGAAGAAAGAGGAGCGUGAGAAGGUGGAGGAGAUUACCUACGGCAGUAACAGGAGGUCCAAGACCUUCAAGGAGAUGCAAGAGGAGAGAGACAAUACAGGGAAAAAAAGCUUUGGCAGUCGUCUCGGAUCUCUGGCUUACCUGGACGACGACGAGGAAGUGUUUGAGAGACCCGUCGCCUCCCCUCGUACCCGAGCCCUCCCCGCCAGGAGCUACACUAUUGACACUCCUUACAAUUCUUUCGAGCCCUCUGAGCCUACUCUGAAAGAGGACGACCCCCCCACUGCCUCCCGAGCCACGGGCAGGGCCGCUUCCCCUCCCAGAUCACGGGGAGUCGAAGUUGUGGACCGUCCUGCAGGCAGAGACACCACGACCACCAUCACUCCCAGCGUCCCUCCCUCCAGCCGGGGCUCUCUCCAAGACUCUGCUGCAGGUGCACCUUUAAAGAGGAGCGCCUUCUCAGAACGCAGCAGAACCACCAGGACGGAGGAGAAACCCACGGCCGUCGUCUCAGAACGCAGCAGAGCCUCCAGGACGGAGGAGAAACCCACGGCCGUCGUCUCAGAACGCAGCAGAGCCUCCAGGACGGAGGAGAAACCCACGGCCGUCGUCUCAGAACGCAGCAGAGCCACCAGGACGGAGGAGAAACCCACGACCGUCGUCUCCUCGUCCAGCGCCCUGCAAAAGGUGGCAGAGCCGAGACGCCCAUUGUCACGCGUACAAACGGAGGUGGAGGCCCCCUCCCCUGGUUUUCUGUACAAACAACAACCGCAGCCCAGCUCGAUGGAACCCAAACCUCCCGGGGUGUCUCAUGUUUCCGCCUCCCUCCCCAGGAGCUACCAGAAAUCGGAUAGCGCACGUCUAACCUCAGUUGUCACGGCGAGGCCCUUCGGGACCCAGGCCUCCCGCAUCACCUCACUUCCACGAGUCUUCGCAAUGGGCGACCCUCACAAGCGCGUCAAUGGCGACGCCUCUAACAAGUCGUCGGUGCCGAGCCGCUAUCACGAGUUCAUGACCCCCGAGGAAGAGGCUCACUCCAGCUCGGCCCACAGCAGUGAAGAUGAGGAGGAAGAGGAGGAGGAGGCAGAUGUGACAUGGGGCAAGACCGUGCCGAAGAGUUUCACCUCGACUCAGAGCACCUCAUCUGUCCCUGCUCCUCCAGUCAGGAGAGAAGCUCCAGUCAGUCCUGCUCCAGUCAGUCCUGCUCCAGUCAGUCCUGCUCCAGCCAAAGAAAGCACCCAGGAGAACUACUGCGACAUGCGGAUCAACCUGAACCAGAAGCCCAACAGCAGCAGAGACUUUGGCUUCCAGGCAGCCUGGGACUCAACCGGUGCUCGCGUCAAGACCAUAGCGCCAGGCAGCCCGGCUGAGAUGUGCCAGCUCCAGCCCGGAGACGAGGUGCUGACGGUGAACAGCCAGCAGGUGGCAGAAAUGAGCUACACAGACUGGAAGUCCUGCAUGGAGGAGGCGCUGCAGGACGGCAGUCUGGUCAUGGAUGUUCGCCGUCACGGCAGAAACAACUGGGACAGAGACCAACCUUCCCUGCCAUUUAAAAGCCAUAAGACCAUCAAUCUGACCAGUACGGAUCAUCCGAUACUUCUAGGUUCCCCUGAUUCAAACACUGCAACCUCCAGCCUGGAUUUCACCUCGCGCAUGACCUCGGAAACCCUGCUGCCCAAAGAGCUCACCGCCAACUCAGGAGUCGAUUUGGCUUCAAAUGGAGUUAAUGGAAGUUUCUACCAGAAGCCGGUGACCAUGAGGAACAAAGAGUCAGAACCCAUAUCUUUGAGAAACUUACAACGGCGAUCAGAGUUUUUUGAACAAGGCGGCUCAAGGUCCAGUGUCAGUCCGCUGGUCUACCUCUGUGGAGGACCAGAGUCUGCGAUGCCAGAUAUACCUGUUCCCUCAAUCACUCCCUCCUCCAGCCGCUGGUCCUGGGACCCAGAGGAGGAGCGCAGGAGACAAGAGAAAUGGCAGAAGGAACAGGAGCGCCUCCUACAGGAGAAAUAUAAACGUGACCAUGAGAAGCUGCAGGAGGAGUGGCUGAGGGCUCAGGAGGAGAUCGACAACACCGUGGACCAAGCAGAUUUUGCAAAGCCCGGCAGCCUGGAGGGGAACAGCCACAGCGUCAGCCCACACUCGCCACUCUUUUCUGUCAACCAGCCCACUUCUACUCAGCGGGAAGAGGAAGAGAGAAAGAGGAAGGAGGAGCAGGAGCGCCAAAGGCAGGAGGAGGAGAAGAGGAAGCGGGAGGAGGAGGAGCGAGAGCUGCUGCGUCUGCGGGAGGAGAGGGAGCGGAAGGAGAGGCAGGCGGAGGAGGAGAGGAAGAGGAGGGAGGAGGAGAGGAAGAGGAGGGAGGAACAGGAGAGGCAGGCGGAGGAGGAGAAGAAGAGGAGGGAGGAGGAGGAGAGGGAGAAGAGGAGGAGGGAUGAGGAGGAGAGGAAGAGUAGGGAGGAGGAAGUGAGGAGGAGAGAGGAGCAGAGGGAGGAGGAGCGGAGGUGGCAGGAAUCUUUGGAGCAGCAGCGCAGGGAGCGGGAGCGAGCCUUCCAGCAGCAGCAGCAGCAGCAGCAGCAGCAGCAGCAGCAGCAGCAGCGGGCUGCUGGCUCCGAUGGCUUUAGCAUGAAUCCUCCACUGUCCUAUACUGACAGGGUAAAAUCCCAAUCGUCUCCCCAGCUCGACGAAGAGGAAAAACCUCAGAGGAGAGGUGUGAACGUGCAGCUGGGGGGCAUGGCCCACUGGCUGCUGGAGGAGCAGUUGAGGAGCGAGCGUAACAAGCAGGCCCGAAGUCAGAGGGCAGCGUCAGAGCUGGAGAUGGAGCGCAGAAACAUCCUCAACGCCAUGAGAUACAGAGAGCCGGAGAGAGUGACAAGUGGAGCUGGACUAGAUGAGAGGAAGGGACUACAGCCCCUGACGCAUGCUGAGCUGGAGAGGCAGCAGAUCCUGGACGAGAUGAAGAAGAAAGCACCGCUGCUCACGGACAACAGCUGGAUCCGCCAGCGCGACGCUGCCACGGCCGCCAACAAGGAGAGUGACUUGCCACCCAUGCGCAGGGGCGACUCUCUUGACAACUUGGACUCCUACAACUCAUGGCGCUCGUCAUGGACUCCCAGGAGCAACUCUUACGUCCAAAAUUACGCCCGGCCUCACUCUGCCCUCUCUGCCAGCUCUUCUGUUUACGGUGGCGGACAGAGGCCCCAGAGGCCCACUUCCUCCACCCUCCCCUCCUCCUACUCCAUGGGCUCCCUUCGAGGCGGGGCAGGAACCCCCUCGUCCCCCUGGUCCCGGCAGACACCUUCCCCCACGCCCUCCUCUCAGUCACCCACAACCUCUCCGGAGCCUUUGUCCGAGGCCGGUGCCCUUCAGCAGCAGAGCAGGUCAGUGAGUGGCAAGAAAAUCUGUACGUUCUGUGACAGCCCUCUGGGAAAGGGAGCGGCCAUGAUCAUCGAGUCCCUCGGGCUCUGUUAUCAUUUGACCUGCUUCAAGUGUAUCGACUGUACGGCGAACCUCGGAGGAUCGGAGGCCGGCGCUGAAGUCAGGAUACGAAACAAGCAGCUCUACUGUAACUCCUGCUACAUGCGAUUCAAAACCGGCCUGCCAACCGUCAUGUGACGUCCUCCAGCAGAUUGAUGAAGAGACGACCUGUGACAACAACCCAUGAACAUCAGAGCCGUCGCAAACAGCCGGAAACACUCGGCUCGUACACACUUCCAUUACCGACUCUAGAAAACUCCCUUUUGUCUCAUUGAGCAGAAUCAUGUUGUGUGUUUUUACAGUGUGCGAUUGAGAGGGUAUAAGCUUGCAAAGACGUUAUCUACUUUAACACGUUUAUAUCGUAUUAAGUAUUACAGCCGUGCAAAGUUUAAGGGUUGUGCAUGCACUAGAGGUUUUUUUUCCAAUGUUUUAGCCGUGAAACUAGUCGAGCAAUAAACAGACUUUAAGAUCCCACAGGCGGGGGCUGUCAUACGAGACAGAUUUUCUAGAUAUUGAGAGAGAACCCUGCAGGAUCGUCCUCUUCCUUCUCGUUUUCACGCUUUUGUUUUGUUUUCUGCUGAAUCUCGUGAUAUCACAUGUCUUUCAGCCAAGGUGUUCUCGUCAUGUGUAUGUGCCUUUUUUCAUUGGUAACAGGGAGAAGUGAUUAAGAUUAACAGAAUUAUUUCAAAAUAUAUUUAAAAAGAGAAACUUCUGCUCGGAUAGCACUUGUCUGGAGUUAUCGCUGAUAGAUGGAGGAUUGUACACAGAAGCAGGUUUCCAUGUGAAGAUUAUAUAUAUCCUAUUGAAUGGCAUUGAGGCAAAAUGGCAACAUUUGUAAAUAAAACGACUAAAUCCUC